AUUAAGUUGAAAUGGCAUGUAAAAGCAGUAAAAUAUCAAAAUAUAUUAAUUAUACAAUAAAAGUUACUACCAUUGAAGGAAGAAAUUUUGUUGGUAAAUUUUUAGCAUUUGAUAAAUAUAUGAAUAUGAUUUUAUCUGAAACUAUUGAAAAAAGAACAGUUAUUAAUAAAAAAACACGUGAAGAAAAAGAGAUUGAAAGGUCUUUAGGAAUGAUGUUAUUACGAGGUGAUUGUAUUCAAGGAUAUACUGUUUUAUCACCACCACCUAAAAGAAAACAACAAACUUUUGUUCCAAACGUUGUAAAUACUUCAGUUAUUACUGCUGGUCCACAAGCAAAUCCAUCUUUAGUUGCACCAACUAGAGGUGUUGGAAUUACUCAACCAUUGAUGGGUGGUAUUCCUAUUCCUUCAUUAUAUCCUCAAAUGGGAGUUGUUCCACCCGGACAAAUUCCUGUUCCUGGAGUUAUUCCUGGUGUUCCACCAAUGAUUCCAGGAGCAAUUCCACCUGGAAUUCCAAUGUAUCCACCAAUGGGAAUGAUACCACCAAUAGGUCCUCCACCCCAAAUGAAUCCAAUAAUCCCACAACCUCAACCAAAUGGAACAAAUCCAACAGACUCAGCUGAUAAUUGAUUGACUUUUUUUUUAUUAAA